AUGAUAUAUUCGGAAGUGCCUGGCAUUAUAAUAAAACAAGUAUCAUCGUUAAAUACACCGUAUUAUGGGAAAUUUAUUGGAAAAUUAUCAGAAUUAAACCAUGGUGUAUCUGGUGAAGUUUAUGCAGUCGAUGGACGAACAAUACAUUUAAAAGAUUUCACAUACGAUGGUGAAGGACCAGCUGCCUACUUCUAUGUAGGUAAUACAAAAGAACCAAGUGGUAAUGGUAUACGAUUACGUGAUGAACGUGGUAGUUCUGGCGUAAUCAAACGUUAUCGUAAGAAGAGUAUCACUUUAACGUUACCCGAUGGAAAAACGUUGAAUAAUAUAAAAUGGUUUUCGGUUUGGUGUGAUGAAUUUUCGGUAAAUUUCGGUGAUGUAAAAAUCCCCCGAAAUUUUGAUUUUCCACGACCACAAAAAAUUGAUGCAUUGAAUGGAGUACAUAAGAUCACAUCUGAUAAUAUUGUUAUCGUCGACGCACAAACAUUACUCAUUCCAAAUUUGUCCUACGAUGGAGAGGCACCAGAUGCCAAAUUUUGGGUUGGACGUGGUCCAAAACCAUCACCACAAGGUAUUCGCGUACCCGAUGAAAAUGGCAAAAUGGAACCAUUACGUCAAUAUCAUCGAAAAACUGUUGUAUUAACAUUACCCGGAGACUUAACAGUAUUCGAUAUUGGUCAUUUUGGUAUUUGGUGUGAAGCAUUCACUGUUGAUUUUGGACAUGUUCGAAUCCCAAGUAAUCUUAAUGUACCACCUUCAUUGAAAAUGUUAGGUGUUAGUCCACAGUCGAAACUAAAUUGCGAAGUAUUAAAUGAUGACUUGGCGUUUGAAGUUAGAUGGGCAGUUGCUGGCGAUAGUAUUGUAAUUCAAUUGGUAUCCAAAUUAGAAGACAACGAGUACAUGUCAUUUGGAUUAUCAGGCGAUGAUAAUCAUAGUGUCAUGGUAAAAGGAGAUGUUGUUGUUGCUUGGGUAGAUAAAGAAACAUUAAAAGGAUACGCUGAAGAUUAUUAUUUGGACGCUAAAUCUCAAUGUUCUGGUAACCAUGGAUCAUGUCCAGAUGAACGUUUACAGGACAAAACCAAUAAUAUUCGAUUAUUAAACGCUGCCAUGGUCAAUGGGUAUUCGAUUGUUACAUAUCAACGAGCAUUAAAACCGUCUGAUAAAUUCGAUCGUCAAAUUUAUAACAAUCGUAGCCAAGCAAUUAUCUGGGCAAUUGGUCCAUUAAAUCAACGUAAUGAAGUAUCAUUCCACAGUCAAUAUUUGAAAAAUGAUCAAUUCAUAAAUUUUGGACGUCAACCAAAAUGGAAUUGUCCAAUGCCAGAAUCAGAUAAAUCAUCAUAUCCUAGUACUACAACAACUUUAUCACCAUUUAUUGACAUAGCUCCAACAAGUCCAAGAAUCUCCCAAAGAGGUGGUAACAGAUUCGUUGAAGUUAGUAGUCGAUCUGGAGGCGGAAUAGAUCGUAGUAGUAGCAGUGAAAGAAGUGUCGAACGUAACACACCUUCUAGAGGAUCAAGUCGUUCACGACAAAGAACUGGAGAAUCACGUAAUCAUAUUUCAAGAACUAAUGUCACUACGACUACUACUACCACUCCUCGUCCAGUGCCAACACCUAAGCCAGUACGAGGUGUAAAACCAUGGGUCAUCCCACCAAUUGAAUGUGAUGAACCAGAUGAUGGAGUAUUUUAUGCUCAAAUGGGAUUAACUGGGGGAAAACAAGGUUACCCAGCAAUAACAGGUCAUGUUGGCUGGGGAAUUAGUUGGUAUAUAAAUGGAUUAUUGAUACCAGAAAUUAAUGUUGUUCGUGGAAAAACAUAUUCAUUCGUAACAGAAGCAGGACUUGAUCCCGAAAUUCCAGCUAGAUAUCAUCCGUUUUAUAUAACAGAUGAUCCAGUAGGUGGCUACCAAUACAAAACAGAUGAAGAGAAAGCUAAAGUUCAAAUCUUUGCUGGUGUAACACAAACUCCAACAGGAGAAAUAGUUCCAACAGGAGUAGGUAGAUUUUGCAUAUGGGAAACAAAACCUGACGUUGAAAUUGAUCCAGAUAGUUUCAGUUCAUUUGGUGAGUAUCAACGGUAUCUGCAAUUGCGAUGCGAUCCAGGUAUACCCGGCGUUAUAACAUGGACUCCAGAUGCAAAUACACCAGAUACAGUUUAUUAUCAGUGUUUCACACAUCGUUAUUUGGGUUGGAAAAUAAAUGUACUUAAUUCAUGUGAUGUAAGAGCAGACGCAUCGGAAUAUCAACCUGCGUACGUAUCAUCGCAUCCAUUGGUGGAUACCGUCGAUUCAUCGGAUGAUUUCAAAGCCAGUGCAUCCAUAAAUGUUGAAACUCGAAUUAAACCUAGUGAGAAUUUAUUUUUAGGGAAUAAUAUGAAUAACUUAUACCACAACACGGACAUAUUUAGAAAAAAUUCUUUAUUUAAUAAUCGUGGCAAUUCAUAUUAUCAUUUUUCAUCACCUAGCACAACGCAUCAUUCACCAUUAACAUUAACAUCAUUGCAAUCAUCUAAUUUUAAGCCUAGCCCACAAAUAAUGACAAGUCUUUUGCAACCCGCAAUUGUUGCAAUUGACGAUUCAACAACAUUUAAAAAUUCAGCAAUUAAUAUUAUAACAUUGCCCCCACCAACAACUAUUAACACAACAACGGUAACCUCAACAUCAACAAUAACAACAACAAUUAGUCCUCCAACGGUUAAACCAUUGGAUGAAACAACGACAUUCGUUGCAGAUGUAACAACUGAAAGCAUCGAUAGUUACACUACUGACAGUAGCGUUGUAACUACAGAUGUAACGCCAGCUGACACAACUGAAGUCAAUGACAGUGAACCAGCUGAAAGCCAAAAUUUAUCUAACAGACUAAUUCAAGAAUUGCCAGCUUCAUUACCACAUGCUUUACCACUCACUGGUGCAAUGUAUCCACCAAAAAUUAACACAACCUAUUAUUUUAACAACAAAUCCCCUCUCAAACCUCCACCCCUACCAAUGAAUCAUUUAAAAAUGGGACCCCGCUUUGGUAUAUCACAUCGUCCAUAUCAUCGUCCUUUAUAUCCUAAUUUCGCAAUGAAAAAACCAUAUUUUCGUCCAAAGCAACAUCGUCCAAUCCAACAAAUGUCAACCAUUUUACGCCCUGUAAUACAUCCACCACCAAAAACAUUACAUCCAAAACCGAUUAUGAUGUUAAUUCCAAAUAAACCACAUCAUCAUUUCCAUCGAGGUGAUCUUCCAUUCAUGUUUCCACCACCAAAUAAGACAACUAAUAAUAUUGAAAUUGCUGCUUUAAAACCGCCAUCCAAUAACCAAACACCUUUCACACCGCCAGCUUUACCUGCGCUCAAUAUUCAAACACUACCACUAAUACCACCAGCCUUACCUGCACCUAAGAAUCACACACCCCUUAUACUACCGACACCUCAAUUAACAUUUACAAACGAAUCAUCUAAAAAAAUAAUACCAUUAUCAGUAGAUGUAGUACAAGAUUUUCGAAAAUUGAAUAAUCGAACACAAAAUUUAAGAGUUACAACACCUACACACAUUAAAAAAAUCAUACAUAACACAACCAUAAAACCAAUUCCCUCAAAAAUGAUAUCCAUUAAACCUGAUUUUAGGCACAAAUUGAUCACAUCAACCUUGGAGCCUGCUAUCAACACCGGUUUCCGACCCGAUUCCAUAAUCAUUGAAGGUGGAUUCAAACCAAUCAUAACAAAAAUCGCACAAGAUCGUAUCUCCUCUGAUUUGGAACAAAUAUCCGAUAAUAUUGGUGUUAUUGAUCUAUCCAAUCAAGAAACACAUAAUGAUUUCACAUCAUCCCAACAAUCAACAGAAACAUUUGAACCAAUGUUUAUUCCAUCCCCACCUGACAGCCGUCAUCAACAACAGCAAUCCGUACAAAUCGUGGAUGAAACGCAAAAUUCUAUUCCAGAGAAUUUUGAUGAAAUGGUCAUGGCAGCUGAAAGAAUUGAUUCAUUUUAUUUACCCCCACCAACAGUUCAUUUAAAAACAAAACAGCAUCAACAGCAACAAAAACCUGAUUUAAGCGUUCCGAACGGUUCAAUUGUUACUUACGAUGGACAAUUGUUAUCAGAUAUUAGUUUAUCGCCACCAUUACCAGCAUUUCCAUCUUCUACAUCUCAAAAUGCUGGUUUAUCAAAAAUUGAACAAUUAGUACGAAAUACACCCCAAUUUGUACCAUUUAAAGGAGAAUUACCACCAUCAGUACCAGAUAUUAUUCAAAUUGAUUCGUUGCCACAGUUAAAAUCAAACACAAAACUUAUUAAAUCAUCGCCACGAAGGAAACGUCGUAGUCCACACCAUACUCCAGAACAUAAGGUAGAAACAGCGACACCGAAUAGAUCAACAACACUUUUAGUAUCGACAAAUUCAAUUUUAUUUAUGGGACUCGUUAUAUCCGUUUGGUUUAGAUAAGGAAGGCGUAUGAUUGUUUUUUUUUUUUUUUACUUAAUGUUAAUUUAAAUCUGAAAAAUAAAGAACUUAAGUUCAUUUGUUUGUUGUUGAGGUAUUUAAUGUCUUAACUGAUAAUGACUUUCGUCUAAUUUAAGUCAUAUAUGCCUUGUCUUGCAAAUCAACGAUUAUUUUUAGCAUAUGGAGAUCAAUUACAAAACAGCAAAAGCAAUGCCAUUGAGUAUUCGCCAACUGGCUUAUUAUGUUGACCUGAAUAUCCAAAAUAACAAGUGAAAAAAAACAAUUGACUGAGUUAAUUGUUCAAAUACCA